AUGGGCGACGACAAGCCCGUCAAAUCCAAGCACCGCUCGCACAAAGACAAAGAUGACAAGGAACACAAGAGCAAGAAGCGUCACCGGCACGAGCGCGACGAGGACGGACAUAAGUCCAAGAAGCGCAAGUCCAAGGGGUCGAAGCUGGAGGUGGUAGAUGAUGAUCCCGAGGAGGACAUGUGGGUGGAGAAGAACAUCGAUAUGGAUGGGGAAUAUCCCAUAGCGCAGGAUAUACCGACAGCAGACAGUCUGAAGCUCAAGUCGCGCGCAGAAGAAGCGCCGGGCGACCCUCCGUUACCCGAGUCUCAGCCGACAGAGACGCGUCUGCGGAGAGAUGAUUGGAUGUUGGAGCCUGAACAGGCGCCCGUCAUUGUCCCUACGGAGCGAGGAGCCGUGAAGCUCUCUACCGCGGACGAGAGUCUGACAGACGGCUACGGCGACGCGCCAUCUAGUUCCCGUAACUUGGGUGGUGGUGUCGACUUCUUCUCUUCGUUGGGUACGGAGCGCGUCAAGAAACCUCCCCCGAACAGGCCUAACCCUGAUGAGCUCAAGAUCCACUCCAAAGAACUCAACACGCAACUCAAAGAAGGCAAAUCCAUCGACGAAUACACCGACGGCGCCGCACCCGUCAAAGCUCUCACGCCAGGCGGCCCAGGCUCCCAAUGGCGCAUGAUGCGUUUACGGCGCGUAUACGAGACGGCAGAGGAGGAAGGCCGACCGAUUGAAGAGGUCGCGCAAGAGCGCUUCGGCUCGUUGGAGGCAUUCGAACAGGCGAAGGAGGAGCGUCGGAUUCUUGAUGAGCGUGAGGGCGGUGGACAGCCAGCGAGAGGAAGGGAUGCGGGUAGGGAACAGAAGCGGCAAGGGCAAUUCGGAAAGGGCGGCGAGAGGGGGUUCAUGUUCAACGAGCCCGGCAGUGGGGCAUCGAGCCGGAGCCAGUCGUUCAGACGUCCCGCUGGUUCUGGUCCGACCACACCUUCAGCUGGCCCGAGUGGCAGCAUGGGUCGACCGAAGUACGACUCCAUGCGCAUAUCAACUUCUGGCCAGAGCACAUCCGCACAUACACCUGUCCCAACCGUUCUGACGCCACAACCCGCGGCAUCAAGUUCAAGACGUGCAAUGUCACCGUCUUCCUUGAACAAGCUCCAAGCGAAGGUGUUGAGGGCGAAACUCAUGGGCGCACCGGACGCAGAAGCGUUAGAGAAGCAGUACGAGAGUGAGAUGGCUAUUGCCAAUGGGGAUGUCCAAGAGGGUGUUAGGACGAAGGUGGAGAUGCUGCCUACGUUGGACGCGCAGGGACGACUGUAUGAUGUCGGGCAGGGCAAGAACGACGCCGAGCCGUUGGCGGGGAACCGCAAGAAGAAGGAGAAGCAGGUCGAGACGAGAGACUCGAAGACGGGCGACAUCGUACGCAUCAACGCGGACGACGACGACCUCACGCUCGGGGAUCUCGUUCGUCAAGAACGCUUCGGCGCAGGGAUGUCCGACCAGAAAGACAUGGACGCGCAAUUCGCGAGGUCAAUCAUGACCGACAGCGGCUUCCAGAAUGAUCUGGACUACAUCGAUGACAACGCCGAAAAGCUCGGUCGGCAGAAGAUGCGGUCGGACGCCAUGAAACGCCAAUUCGCCAUCAACGACUACAAGAAGACGCAAAAGGCCCUCGCGACGUGUUCGUUCUGCUACGGUGAAGACGACUCGCUGCCCAAAGCGCCUAUGGUCGCGACUGGUACACGCGUGUAUCUGUCAUGUACAACGAACGAGGAGCUUGUGAAGGGACAUUGUCUUAUCGUGCCAAUGCAGCAUUGCUUGAGCAUGCUCGAGGCGGACGAUGAUGCUUGGGAUGAGGUCAGGAACUUCAUGAAGAGUCUGAUGCGCAUGUUCGCGGAGCAAGAUAUGGGCGUCGUGUUCUACGAGACCGUCUUGAACCUCAAAUGGCAGAAACAUACAGUCAUCGAAUGCGUGCCUCUACCAUGGGAGAAGUUCGAUCUCAUCCCGGGCUACUUCAAGGAGUCUAUUCUGAUGAGCGAAGCCGAAUGGUCCCAACACAAGAAGCUCAUAGACUUCUCCUCCCGCCCCGGCGGCUUCCGCCGCAUGAUGGUCCCCAACCUGCCCUACUUCAUGGUCCAAUUCGACUACAAAGGCGAGAAAGGCUACGGGCACGUCAUCGAGGGCGCAGCCGGUGCAAACGGCAACGACCCAGACGACCCCAUGGACGAAGGCGAGAAGGGCGGCGGCGAUUUUCCUAGCUAUUUCGCGGCGGAGAUUUUGGGCAAUGUGCUUGAGGUCGAGCCGCCGGGGAAGUGGAGGAGGCCGAGGAAGUUGGAUUUUAGGAGUAAUAGGGAGAGGGUGGAGAGGUUUAGGAAGAUGUAUGAUACGUUUGAUUGGACGGGGAUGCUUAGGAAGGAACAGGCGUAG